UCGUUUACUUUCAUCCCAACCUUUAUCCACCUUGUUUUUUUAGAAGUUUGGAAGCAGAAAUACAUUAAAGAAGUUGUCUUUUGACUUCUUGUUCAAGACUCAAAACUUCAGGGAGUGUCUGCUCUGUCCAGCAUGAAGCCUGUCCCCUCUUUCUUGCUAAUAGCGGCUGUCUUACUAUCCACUCUCAUUCCUCCGAGUAUAUGUAGACCACUGGAUUUAAGCCUCUCUGAUUACCGCGACGAAACCAAGAACAUGCUGGAUGAAGCUUUGCUUAGGGCGGGAAAGUUCCUCAGCAGCGGAAACGGUCGAGGGCAUGCGCUAAGACACGUCUCGACUUUCCCCGUCCCGAACAGUUUGGAGGAGCUUGUCAGUUUCACCAAGAGGAAUGACGAUCCGCCCAUAUCGAUCGAUCUCACAUUUCAUCUGUUGCGCAAUAUGAUCGAAAUGGCGCAGCUUGAGAAUCAGAGGGAACAGGCAGAACUGAACCGCAAAUAUCUGAAUGAAGUGGGGAAGUGAAAAAAAAAGAAGAAGAAAAAAACUCGAACAAGAAAACCAGCUCCACUCAGACCUCAGUUUUGCUUACUUUAAGUGCUUACUAAACUACAAUAUUAUACUUCUACCAGGAAUGAAACAUGACUUAACUGCGCUCAGUGCAGUGGCUGAACACGACUAAUGGGGGGAAACACAACAGAACGGGGAACU